AUGGAACCCAGUGUGAAGCCUCAACCACUUGCCUACAUAAUGCGCUAUCAUAGAGAGCUUUUGGUGGACCCAAUGUUUUGGACAUCCCGUCACCUGGAUCUGAUAGGAUGUCGCUUCCAGUCGUGCAAGUCGACGGAGUACACCCAAAACAACGAUGUGCGUCAAGCUCAAAGCAACGACAAUGCGCUUGAGAGGUCUGAUGUCGACCAUGGACCCCCUAAUCAUUCAACAUGGUCUCGUCCAUCAGACCCUAAGCGACUGGCAGAAGGCUCCACGCCCCUCACUAGGCUCUUCUCCCUGAUCCGCAUUCUUGAGUAUGAGGGAAGCACUUUUGAACAGCGUCGGGAGCGGGCACCUAAAUUCUACUUCGCAGGACGAUCGAUUCAUCGGCCAGACUUUACUGUAUUCGGUCGUCGCAAAGAAGCCAACUCACUACCUGAUGAUGCUUUCCAAUGCUUAAUAGGCUACUUUGACUACACAUCUGCCUCUUGCGGCCGCCAAAAUAAAUUCCAGGCCAGAUGCCAUCCCGGUGGUGGCGAUAACGCGCCAGUCGGGCGUCUCCAUAACAAACGACUGGCCAAAAUAACCCCAGCCAAUUGGGAGGAGGACCCUUAUUUCCUCUGUCUCUUGCUGGCUCUUGCCCAACUGCAAAAGAAAUCCCUCCAAACCAAAGGGCAAAAAACAUACACGUCGCGUCUUCUCGUGUCGAAAUGGCAAGAGCCUGAGUUCAUCCAUCUCUACGAGGCCCAAUUCACCUCCGAUCUUCUGGAAGCGAUAGAAAACCCGAAAGAUGCUACAGCCUAUCUAGAUUGGCCGACCAUUUCACGGAAAAAGAUCCCCUUUAAACCCUAUGACACUUUCCGGGCACGUCUUGUCGCCGAGUUAUCACUUCCAGAAAAUCGCCACUGUCACAACGCCUCGGAUACCAAAGAUGCUACGGAUGUUGUGAAAGGGGCACCGAAACGACAGUCCGAAGAAGAAGACGUGACGCGCACAGUGAGACGCAAGGUUGACAUGACCUGUUGA